AUGGAGGAAAUCGGAGCGAAUGUGUCACAAAAAAAGACAAAUCCUCGAGAGAGGACAAACAUCAUUUCCAACGCAUUUUUUUGUUGGCUUCUUCCGUAUUUCGUGAAAGGCUACCGAAGAGACCUCACCGAAGAUGAUAUGUACAAGCAUCGAAACCAGCACGAUUCCGGAGUCUUGGGCUCGAAAGUCGAAAGAAGAUGGAACAAUCACGUCAAAAAGAACAAAAAUCCAUCAUAUGCUCGAGUAUUACUUGGAACGUUUUUCCUUGAAAUAGCUGCAUUGAACGUUUUGGCCAUAUUAUUCGAGGGGAUAAAAAUGGUCCAACCAUUUUUAAUCAAAUGGCUCAUUGCAAACUUCGAAUCUGGCGCUCCAGACAAAAGAGACGAUAUCUACUUGUACUCGGGACUAAUUGUAUUAACGCAACUCUUGGCUGUUCUUAUAAAUCACCGAUUUAACCUGGCGAUGAUGCAAGUGGGAAUGAAACUAAGGAUCUGUUCCUGUUCCUUAAUAUACAGGAAAGCAUUGAAAUUGAGUAAAUCAUCUUUGGCCGAGACCACCGUAGGGCAAAUGGUGAAUUUGCUGUCGAACGACGUCGGCAGAUUCGACCAAGCAGUCCAUCUUCUUCAUUACUUUUAUUUUGCGCCUAUACAGACACUCAUUGUUAUGUACUUACUGUAUGUAAAUGUUGGAGUGGCUUCCUUAGGGGGGGUUGUUUUUCUGUUACUAGGAAUUCCCUUUCAAUCUUGGUUGGGAAAGAAAACGUCCCAGUUCAGGCUUAGCACUGCAGGAACUACCGAUGAAAGAGUCAGGCUUAUGAACGAAAUUAUUUCAGGAAUACAAGUUAUUAAAAUGUAUACAUGGGAAUAUCCAUUUGCUAAAUUAGUCGAAUACGCCAGAAUGAAAGAAAUGAAGUACAUUCGUUUAACAUCAAGAGUAAGAGGAAUUUUGAUGUCAAUGGCUUUAACCACAAACAGGUGCGCCAUUGCACUGUCAAUAAUAAUAUACUCUUUAACUGGAAACACUGUGAAUGCAACAUAUACAUACACAGUGAUAUCGUUUUAUGAACUGCUGUACACUCUCACCAUGUUCUUCCCAGUAGCUGUAUCCCAAGGUUCGGAAAUGUUAAUAUCCAUGAAAAGAAUACAACAGUUUUUAAUGUAUGAAGAACUGAAGUUCGAUGACCAACAUAUGAGCGAUAGUUUAAUGAUUAAUGGUAAAGAAAGCGAUAAAAAACCGAUGUUAAAAGGACCAGAUGCUUCGAUAAGAAUCAAAAAUGCGUCUGCUAAAUGGCUAAAAUCGCUUCCAGAAAACUGCUUGGAUGAAAUUGAUUUGCACAUAAAAGGAGGCGAAUGCGUUGCAGUAGUAGGACCCGUGGGGAGUGGAAAGUCCACGUUGUUGCACAUUAUCAUGCGUGAAUUGGAGUUACAAAGUGGUUCUGUUUCCGUUAAAGGUACCAUCUCUUACGCCUCCCAAGAACCAUGGUUGUUCGGAGGGAGCGUGAGGCAAAACAUCCUCUUCGGGCAAAAAUUCGAACAAAAAAAAUACGAAGAAGUGGUGAGAGUCUGCGCUCUUCAACGAGAUUUCUCUCUGUUCCCACAUGGGGAUAGAACACUAGUGGGGGACAGAGGUGUAACAUUAAGUGGCGGCCAAAAGGCCAGGAUAAAUUUAGCCAGAGCUGUGUACAAAGAAGCAGAUAUCUACCUCCUGGAUGAUCCUCUCUCGGCUGUUGAUGCGCACGUUGGCAAACAAUUAUUCGAGGACUGCAUAAUUGAUUACCUCCAUAACAAAAUCGUAGUUUUGGUUACUCACCAGCUGCAAUAUUUAAAAAAUGUUAAGACUAUUUACCUCAUGAAGGACGGUAGAAUAGAAGUAUCUGGAUCGUACGAAGAUUUGAAAAAUUCCAAAACCGAAUACAGCAACUUGCUGGCUAACAUCGAAGAGGAAGAAGAAGCAGUCAGAAGGAAAUCGAGACAAAUAUCCGAGAAAGUAGAUGAGGACGAAUUUGACUAUGAAAUACAAAUUCAAGAGAGGGAAGGAAAAGGCUCCGGAAAGAUAUCCAACCGUGUUUAUAUGAACUACGCCAAAUCAGGUGGCCAUAUAAUAAAAGUUUUUCUUAUAGCAUUUACAUUUAUUAUUAGUCAACUCAUUGAGAGUUGUUGUGAAUAUUACGUUACUUUUUGGGUGAAUAUUAACCAAUGGAAAUUCCAAACAGCGGAUAAUGUAUCCUCGAAUUCCUCAACUGAUGUUUUUAUUCUAAUUAUACUUCUUGUGGUAACGGUAAUAACCAGAUCCUUGACGUUCUAUGCAUGGUGCAUAAUAGUAUCCAUGAAUUUACACAACAAGAUGUUCAUUAAUAUAGUGUACAGUCCUAUGAAGUUCUUCAAUUUAAACCCCACUGGGAGAAUUUUGAACAGAUUUUCGAAGGAUAUCGGUCUUAUAGAUGAACUUUUGCCGAUGACACUUUUAGACACAGUACAGGCUCAAGAAAUACUUAAAGACGAAUUCGAUAAGUACCAGAAUCUUCACAGUGCUGCGUUUUUCAUGUAUCUUGCAGUAAAUAGAACUUUCGGUUUUUGGUUGGAUUUCAUCUGUGUAAUUUAUAUUGCUUUGGUCAUUGUUGCUCUAUUGUUCCUCAAAAAUGAACAAUUUGGAGGGAAUAUGGGUCUAGCCUUGACCCAGGCCAUGGCUCUAACUGGCAUGUUCCAAUGGGGUAUGAGGCAAUGGACGGAGUUAGAAAAUCAAAUGACUUCAGUGGAGAGGGUUCAAGAAUAUACUGAAUUGAAGCACGAGGAAGACAAUGCAACUUUUGAACCACCCUCUAAUUGGCCUUCAAAUGGUGAAGUGGAAUUUAAGAACAUGUCAUUACAAUAUUCCCUCGAUGAUCCUCCUGUGCUAAAAAAUCUCUCAUUUUUGAUAAAAGCGAAAGAGAAGGUUGGAAUUGUAGGUCGAACUGGAGCAGGAAAAUCAUCAUUGAUCCAAGCUUUGUUCAGAUUGACUAAUAUUGAUGGACAAAUCUACAUAGACGGGAUUGACACAAAAUCUGUAUCACUCAAAAAACUUAGAUCGAAUAUUUCCAUUAUUCCCCAAGAACCAGUUUUGUUUUCUGGGACUCUGAGGAAAAAUUUAGACCCUUUCGACGAAUACAAAGAUGAGGUACUGUGGGAUGCUCUAAGCGAAGUGGAAUUAAAGAGCGCUGUGGAAGAAUUACCAGCUGGUCUGGAAAGUAAAAUGGCCGAAGGAGGUUCCAAUUUUAGCGUGGGACAACGUCAACUAGUGUGCCUAGCUAGAGCUAUUAUUAGAAACAAUAAAAUACUUGUACUAGACGAAGCAACUGCCAACGUAGAUCCUCACACUGAUGGUUUGAUACAGACUGCAAUCAGAACUAAAUUUGCCAAUUGUACAGUGUUGACUAUAGCUCAUAGACUCCAUACUAUCAUGGAUUCGGACAAGGUUUUAGUAAUGGAUGCUGGAAGAGCAGUGGAAUUUGAUCAUCCGCAUACUCUACUGCAAAAGGAAAGGGGAAUUUUCUAUUCAUUGGUGCAACAAACCGGUAAAGCUACAGCAAAGAAUUUAACAGCGAUAGCAGCGAACAGCUACAAUGCAACAUUAGAUUAA